AUGAGUGAAAUGGGAGAACCAGCAACAAUAACCAGACCUCUGAUAUCCUCCAAGCGCAACAAAAGCAUAAGGAAGAAUCCAAGAAGGAUUUAUUCCCCAUACCAGGAUGAUAAUGGAUUGCCUGAUGAUGAGGAUAAGGAGGAGAGAGUGGACAGUACUGAUCCAGAGGAGAUGUUCCAGAACAUUCAGCUACAAAAGGAAAUGAUUGCCAACAUCCGAACCAAACCCUGGCCAAUAAGAUGCAAGCUAAAAGUGCUUAAGCAGGCCAGAGAUAUUGUUCUGCAGAAUGAAGGCAGACUGACCAGGACGCGUGGUUACCAAGCAGCCGGGGCAGAUUUGCUGAAGAAGAUUUCAAGAAUCCUUUACAACAUUGUUGUUCUGUUUAUUCCAUGGGAGAUGAGGAUUAAAAAGAUUGAAAGUCACUUUGGUUCAGGAGUGGCCUCUUACUUUAUAUUCCUGCGAUGGCUGUUUGGCAUCAAUAUUGUCCUCACUGUUAUGACUGGAGCAUUUAUUGUGUUGCCUGAGCUCCUGGCCGUCGCUCCGUUUGGUACGACCUGCAGAAAAACCAUUCCCAAGGAUCACCUUCCUUCCACACAAGACCUGGACACCAUCUGGUCACUAGGGGGUUAUCUUCAAUACGCUGUGCUGUUUUAUGGCUACUACGUAAAUGUGUGUAAAAUCGGCAGUGCUGGCUACAGACUACCCUUGGCCUAUUUUCUGGGAAUGGCUGUUUUUGCCUACAGUUUCAUCACUUUGUUAAGAAAAAUGGCUAAAAACUCCCACAUGAGUUUAGCUGGCGCUUCUGAUGAGAAUUACACCUUUUGUUGGCGUGUCAUCUGUGCGUGGGACUACCUGAUUGGGAACCUAGAGGCAGCCGAGAGUAAAGGGGCAGCCAUCAUCAAUAGCAUCAGGGAGGCCAUUGUAGAAGAGCAAGAGAAGAAGAAAUACACUAGCCUAGUGGUACUGAUCAGUUUGCGAAUUUUGGCCAUCAUUCUGGUGCUGCUCUCUCUGGCUGGCAGCAUCUACAUUAUCUACUUUGUGGUAGAUCGUUCUCAGAAACUGGAGCAAGAGAAACCAGAACUAACACUAUGGGAGAAGAAUAAGGUAAGUGUGGUGGUGUCUCUCAUCACAAUGAUCGCUCCUUCAGCUUUUGAGCUAGUAGCCCAGUUGGAGAUGUACCACCCCAGGACAAGUCUCCGCUUUCAGCUUGCUAGAGUACUGUUUAGAGUGUUGUACCUUGGAAACCUCUACAGUUUGAUUAUUGCUCUCCUGGACAAGGUCAAUAGUAUGAGCUCUGCUCUAACACAUCUACAGGCACCCGAGGGUGGUGAUAUCAAGUUGGAACAAGACAGUGACAUCACCAGUAUGGAGUCCUCAGAAUAG